ACAAGUUAAAAGACAAGGAAAUCCUGUAGAAAGGACCCUUCCAGAUCCAUCUUUGAAUACAAGCAAGCAUAAUAUACUUGUUCCCAGGUGACCCGUCUUCUUACUUUCCCUUCAAACAACUUUUAUAUAUUUGAAAGUAUGGGGAAGUAUGGAGAAAAAACGUGUCAGUGGCAUAAUGGGCUGGUUUCAUCAGCAUUUUGGAAAACAAAGGAAUGAGCUGGACCAAGGUAACUCAUGCACAUGCCCUCAGAAGGACAAUUUUGUUUUAAGCAAUUGCAAAAGCUCCUCUGGAAACCACACAUACACCACUCAUUGUGAAACCAGCUGCUCUGUGGAGUCUAGCGUGUCUUCUGCAUCCUCUUCAUUACCCUGUAAAAAAACAUCCAUCUCCAGCUAUGAAAGCCCCCUACCUGCUGUACUCUCCUCAACCUUCCGUUCAACUCUAAAAUACGACGUUUGUUUGUGUCACAGCGAUAAAGACAUUGAUCAAGUGCACAGCCUGGUCUCCUUCCUAGAAGCCCCUUCCAAAGGUCUACGCUGUUACCUGCUGGAAAGGGAUUGUCCACCGGGUGGAGCUGUGUCCACUGAGCUCCUGCAGGCGCUGCAUGAUAGCCACUGCUGGGUCUUGUUCAUCACACCCAACUUCCUGAAGGAUGACUGGUGCUUGUACCAGAUGCACCAGGUCCUGUCUGAGGGGCCCAUUUCACAGAGGAUCAUCCCCGCUGUACUAAAUAUACCCAGAUCUGAGCUCCCACAGGAACUGCGAUUUGUCUUUUGUGUGGAUUUUAACAGGAACAUAGAGGGUGGCUACAACCAAGUGUACAAGACACUGAUUCAUUAUUUGAAGGACAUGCUUGAGAAGGAGGAGUCCUGCAAUGUCGCAUUCAGAUAGUUGAGAGUCAAAAUGAAGACGUCAGUCAAGUCUCAGUGUUCAUAUUAAGCUUUAUUAACAAUUGUAUGUUAUUUACAAGAAGUGACAUUCACAACCAAGUUGUACUUUAACAUUCUGAACACACUGUCAAAAAGAAUCCAUCGAGCCAUUAUAUGUUUUCUUUUGUUAUUUUUCUUCGAGGAUUGUAUUAAAUUAAGAUAUUUAUAUUAUGUUUCUUGUGAAAUAUGAAGCCAGAUAGACAACCGGGAGACGUAGUGUUACGCAAGACUUACGCAUAUGUUAUUCAACCCCCACUGAAAUUGAUUGUUUUGGUCGCUUUGACAUUGAUUAUGAUCAUUCAGUCAUCCUGUUUACAAUUAAAUCAAAGAGGCACGUGUAGGUCAGACAAAUAUAACAUAACAUUUAUAAUGAAAUAACCACAAAUGUCUUUUCUGAGCUAACAUCAUUAUCAGUUUUAUUCAACCCCCAAGUGACAUUCAAUCUUAGUACAACAUCCUUUUACAGUUAUAACAGCUUUUAAACAUGAAGCAUAGCUUGACACAAGUGUCUUGCAGCGAUCUACGGGUAUCUUCGCCCAUUCAUCAUGGGCAAAAGCCUCCAGUUCAGUCACAUUCUUAGGCUUGCGCACUGCAACUGCUUUCUUUAAGUCCCACCAGAGGUUCUCAAUCGGAUUUAAGUCUGGUGACUGCGAUGGCCACUUCAAAAUGUUCCAGCCUUUAAUCUGCAACCAUGCUCUAGUGGACUUUGAUGUAUGCUUGGGAUCAUUGUCCUGUUGAAAGGUCCAACGUCUUCCAAGCCUCAGGUUUGUGACGGACUGCAUCACAUUGUCAUCCAAUAUCUCCUGGUACUGAAGAGAAUUCAUGGUACCUUGCACACGCUGAAGCUUCCCAGUACCUGCAGAAGCAAAACAGCCCCAAAGCAUGAUUGACCCCCCGCCAUGCUUCACAGAAGGCAAGGUGUUCUUUUCUUCAUAUGCCUUGUUCUUCCUCCUCCAAACAUAGCGUUGAUCCAUGGGCCCAAACAGUUCUAAUUUUGUUUCAUCAGUCCACAGAAAACUUCUGUGGUUUGUCCACAUGACUUUUGGCAUACUGCAGUCGACUCUUCUUAUUCUUUGGGGACAGCAAGGGGGGGUGCGCCUGGGAGUUCUUGCAUGGAGGCCUUCAUUACGCAGGGUGCGCCGUAUUGUCUGAGCAGAAACUUCAGUACCCACAUCUGACAAAUCUUUUCUCAGUUCCUCAGCAGUCACACGGGGACUUUUCUCCACUCUACGCUUCAGGUAGCGCACAGCAGUCGAAGUCAGCAUCUUCUUUCUGCCACGACCAGGUAGCGUUUCAACAGUGCCCUUUGCCUUGAAUUUGCGAAUGAUGCUUCCUAUGGUGUCUCUUGGUAUGUUUAACAUCUUUGCAAUCUUCUUAUAGCCAUUGCCCUUCCUGUGAAGAGUAAUCACCUGUUCUCUUGUUUUCCUGGACCAUUCUCUUGACCUCACCAUGUUUGUAACCACACCAGUAAAUGUCUAGAAGGAGCUGAGUAUCACAGUCAUUUUAAAGCUGCCUAAUUGAUGCUUAUUAGGCUUUAUUGCUGCUCCCUGAUAUCCACAGGUGUUUUCAAUACCUGAUUGAAAACACUUCAUUGAACCUCUGUUCUUCAGAGUGGUAGUCUUUAAGGGGUUGAAUAAUUAUGUCAAUGAAGAAUUCACAAAAGAAACAUUUACUACUGUAUUACGAAACUAAUUGAUGUCAUUUUAGUUGCAUAUGGUUCUUUAAGAAGUCCUUGUAGGAUUUCAUUCUGAAUACAAUUACAAAUGUACACUAAAUUCCCUAAAACCAUUUACAGCAUUGGGGGUUGAAUAAUUUUGAACACAACUGUAUGUCAAGCAGUGAAGCAGAACCGCUUUACAAAUAAAAUAUUCUAGUUUGUGUUAUCAGUAUUAUAUGCAAAUUAUAGAUCCUGUUGUCAUUUGCGCUUGAACGUAUCCAAGAUGAAUUGCAGUCUGAUGAUUCAUUGUUGUGUUUUAGUGUUUUCAGAAUCGCCCUAAACCACUGUGUGCCAUGUCAAUCAGUGGUACACCUCAAAUAACUGCUGGUCUGGUAGCAGAUGUAUUGAAUGUUCUUGGCAAACAAUAUUGCGUGUGUCAUAAAUCCCAACAGCAAAUGUGGCUGUAAAACUGUUUUAAAAAUGCAAAGUUGAAAAGCUUAUAGAAUCCGUAAAGAGUAAGUAACAUGUGAUUUUUGAGGUCCUAUAAGUGUUCUUAUUACAUUUUGUUAUUCAAAUGUUUCGAUCAUUUGUAUGUUAUCUAACUGACAAUAAAUGUUUCGUAGUUCUUUUA